UCGACAUCUUGUUUGGUAAGCGGAAUUUUGACCCAGGCGCCCUAGUGUUGCCUAACCGUUCGGCCGGAGAUGUCGGAUGCGAGAUCUUUAGCUACUUGUAUCAAUUUGCCGCAGUGUGCUUAGAUACAAUGGGCUGGCAGCUGAGGCUUGGCAGGAUGGGGGAGUUAAUUAAGGUCGAGGGAGCAGGAAAGAGUUUGUUAUUCGCUAUUGGCUUAGUACGGCCUAUACAUAAUAGGGCCAUGACGGUUUUGGCAAGGCCUUGAACUUCAUAUAUCCCUUUUUUACUCAAUCCAGAAUACCGAGAAAGUCAGAUUGAAUCAUUUUGUCGACCUUUCCUUUGGAUUUAUUAUCAUAGGUAGUGUUCGAGAUCGCCUCUGUGCGGUGAACGCUCGAAUGUAGCUAACAUCAGUUUUGUCCUCGCGUGGUUGAAGGAGAUGCUGCUGCUGGAUGGAAUGCUUCCGGGGCGCCAUGAUCCUUCUAUCAGGAAUAGAAUAAUCGAGGGCACUGACUGACUGCAUCAAUCAUCGCUCAGUGAGCUAUUAAUUGCCGCCAAUAGCGCUUCGCUUGCAUGCAAGGCGGCUAAUAAAAGCGCCAGGUAGACGCGCGGAGAUGCAUUUUGAGUACUGGUGGUACUGGACAAGCUCUAGGGGAAUAAUCUCUUUCUUAUUUCUUUCUUAUUUCUUUCCCAUGACGACUAGGAACGGGCAAAUCAAGAAUUUCACUUCGAAUUCCGGACCUCAACAUCCUGCUGCUCAUGGUGUUUCACGAUCAGUAUUGGAAAUGAACGGAGAAGUGGUGGAACGUGCGGAACCACAUAUUGGAUCACUCCAUAGAGGGACUGAGAAAUUAAUCGAGUACAAAACUUAUCUUCAAGCUUUACCUUAUUUUGAUCGUUUAGAGGGCGAUCGCGGAGUCACUGAAUGAAGUCCUCCCUCCCUUUCUUUCGGAGGUGCUGACCCGCUGCGAGGCAGAUAUGACUAAGUGACAUAUUGAAUAUGGCGACGACUACAGCAUGUCGUAGAAGGAGAUAAGAGGUGGAGCCAACGACCCACUAAGACUCACGUAUCUACAACUACAUUCCCGAGCGGCAGUCAAACGGAGGCGUGAAUGCAAGAUGCCAGCGGAAUGAUCGACCGGACAGAGGCUAGGGCAGCUUUCUUCCCACCGCGUCCUUCCUUGUGUGUCGGAGAUACAAAGCGAGUGCACCGGAAAAGAAGGGGAACUGAAUCGAUCUAUUCCAUGGCGAAGCAUCCGAAGCAUAACUGCACACUCACACGAUCUUUGCCGAGAGAUAGGAGCAUUCGGUGGAACCGGUGAACUACACUUGCUUCUUGAUAGAUGUGUGGGACAGAGGGCUCGUGGUACCUGCUGCCCGCCCUUCCUCCGCUUUGAUAACCGUGUGAACGGAGAGUGGGCAGAGCAAAAGGGAAGGAGGUCCUCAUACGGAGUCGCACACUUGAGCAGUGCGGGAGACUGGAGAAUGGGUCGAGUAAACUCCCUUAGGGCCGAUUAAAUCACAGACGAGGAACUUUUCUUUCUUUUUUUCUUUUUGAUUUGAAGGGUAUGUUCUCAAAAAAGAAAGGCAGAGGUAAAUACUUCGAAGAGGCGGCUCGGUAGGGAUGGAAUGGUCAAUAGUCAAGUCAAGGAUGACUUCUUUGUUGGCGAAACGAUGGGGGAGAGAAAGCACGCCAGUGAUUCUCUGAGCCGGUCUUCAUUUCCAACGCCUCGGGAAACAGGUCGAGAUAGAUGACAGCACCUUUUUAUCCUCUUCCUUACCGGGAAGGCGCACUUCUCUUCUUCUUCUGGCCUUCACCUCCUGCCCGGCCCGGAAAUAGAACCCAGCCCCCUUUCUGAUCCAUUCAUUUCUGCAAGCAGGCGGGAUCCAGAGCUAAGCCCCCCUCCUAUUCGAAGCCGGGUGUGGCCUCGCCCUUUUGCUCUUCCUUCGGUUUGGCUCCACGAAGGCGCCGCCUAGACUAGGAGCCCCACUCAUAUUCAAAAGGCGCCCAGCUUUCAAGACGAUGAUAAUAAUUAGUCAACUUUUUCCAAUAUCAUGGAAUAGCAUGGCCCGGGGCUAAGGUAACUCCAGUGGGAGAGCCGUGUUAUGGGUGACCUUAUUGCACGGUUCAGAGAGCACUUGUGUAUGUGAUGCAAGUGAACGUGUACGAAAAAGCUGUCGUAAAGUUUCGUUGUUCGUUCCGUCGUUGACCCUAUCUAUGUUUCUACGAUGGCCCAAGAACACGCUCAUUCUUCAGCCGUAGAGAGACUUUUGAAUUGUGAGGUACCAUUACGAGCUCAAUAUAUAAGAGUGUUAUUCUGUGAAAUAACUCGAAUUUCAAAUCAUUCACUUGCUUCAACUACUCAUGCUAUGGAUGUGGGAGCAUCAACUCCGUUCCUUUGGGCUUUUGAGGAGCGGGAGAAAUUGUUGGAAUUCUAUGAAAGAGUCCCGGGAGCCAGGAUGCAUGCCAGUUUCAUACGACCUGGUGGAGUGGCACAAGAUCUGCCUCUUGGCUUAUGUCGAGAUAUUGAUUCCUCCACACAACAAUUUGCUUCUCGUAUCGACGAAUUAGAAGAGAUGUCAACCGGCAACCGUAUCUGGAAACAACGAUUAGUGGAUAUUGGUACUGUCACUGCACAGCAAGCAAAGGAUUGGGGAUUCAGUGGUGUAAUGUUAAGAGGUCCUGGGGUAUGCUGGGAUUCGCGAAGAGCAGCACCUUACGAUGUUCAUGACCAAUCGGAUCUUGACGUACCAGUAGGUACCAGAGGAGAUCGCUAUGAUCGUUACUGUAUCCGUAUUGAAGAGAUGCGACAAAGUGUUCGGAUCAUUGUGCAAUGUCCUAAUCAAAUGCCUAGUGGCAUGAUCAAAGCCGAUGAUCGUAAGCUAUGUCCUCCAUCACGAUCUCGAAUGAAACUAUCCAUGGAAUCCUCAAUUCACCAUUUCGAACUUUAUACAGAAGGUUUUUCCGUACCAGCUCCUUCUACCUAUACCGCAGUUGAAGCACCUAAAGGUGAAUUUGGUGUCUUUCUUGUCAGUAAUGGGAGUAAUCGUCCCUACCGUUGUAAAAUAAGAGCACCUGGCUUUGCCCAUUCACAAGGACUCGAUUCUAUGUCCAAACAUCACAUGCCAGCAGAUGUAGUCACCAUCAUAGGUACUCAAGAUAUUGUGUUUGGAGAGGUAGAUAGAUAGGACGUAGUCUUGCUCGAUCAGGACCCUAGCUUUAUUGCGAGCCAAAACUGC